AUGAAGGCAUCCAUCACCACCGUCCUCCUCAUCGCUGGGCUUGCCGUCGGUGCACCCACCAGAACCAUUCAUUCCGACCUCGAGAAGCGUCAAUUCGGCACCGGCACCGAUGGACUGGCUGCUCUAGCCUCCCUCUUCCCUAUUCUGGGCGGCUCUUCCACCUCCUCGUCCGGUGCUCUGGCCUCUCUCUUCCCUAUUCUGGGCGGCUCUUCCACCUCCUCGUCCGGUGCUCUGGCCUCUCUCUUCCCUAUUCUGGGCGGCUCUUCCUCCUCGUCUGGAAGCGGCUUCAGUCUUCCGGGAUUUACCUUGCCCACGUCAAUCCCCGGCCUGGGCAGCCUGGGUAGCUCCGGCUCCUCUGGCCUUUCGGGACUGAGCGGGCUGAGCGAGCUGAGCGCAAGCACCGGAACCGGCUCGACCACCGGCUCCAGCACCCAGGCAAGCAGCAGCGCUGUCGCCAGCGCCAGCUCCGGCACCAGCUCCGGCCUCUCCGCUCUCUCCGGCCUCCUCGGCGGUGAGUCACCUUCCCCCUUCAGCAAACCCCACACGCUAAACAACCCAGAAACCCUCGCUAAACGCGGACUCACAGGCUCCAUGACCGAAAACGGCGUGACGGACAAAGACGCCUGCCAACCGCUCACCUUCAUCUUCGCCCGCGGCACCUCGGAACUCGGCAACAUGGGGUCCAUCGCGGGGCCCCCCGUCGCCACGAAGCUCCGCUCCCUGCUCAACAACAAGGUCGUCGUGCAGGGCGUCGACUACCCGGCCUCCAUCGAGGGCAACGCCCUGCUCGGCGCGGCGGGCGGGCCCACGAUGGCCAGCCUGGUGAAGCAGGCGCUGGCGCAGUGCCCGGACACCAAGGUCGUGGUGGGCGGGUACUCGCAGGGCGCGAUGGUCGUGCACAAUGCGGCGAGCUCGUUGGCUGAGGGCCAGAUCGCCGCCGCGGUGCUGUUCGGGGAUCCGUUCAAGGCGGAGGCCGUGGGGAAGGUUGCGGCGGCGGAUGUCAAGGAGUUCUGUGCGGAUGGGGACCCGGUUUGUCUGAAUGGGGUGAAUGUGCUGGCGCAUUUGAGCUAUGGGGAUGAUGCGGCCGAGGCGGCGCAGUUCCUGGUUACGGCUUCGGGGGUUUCAGCCUGA